AGCGAUCUAGGGGUCCCACUAUGAUGCACUCGGGAUGGGGAAAAGAUGGUGGCAUUUUACACGUUGAGUUGAAUGAUCUUGGGCAACCUAUUCGGCCAGAAGGAUGUAGAUUGAGUUCAAAACUUGGCGUCUUAGCACGAAAUGGCAUUUUAGCUCCAUUAAAUCAUAAAGAUUGGAGGCUUCUGCCUGAUCUCUACAAGAACAAGAUAUGGACAGAUAUAAAGGAAAAUACUGAUGCAACUGAGGAUAUGAAGCGUAUUUUGAUGAUGUCAGUUGGAUCUAAAUGGAGAGAAUGGAAGCAUGAAGCAAAAAGCAGUGGUUAUGACUCAUACACCAAUGAUGUUGAACGCUUAGCUAAUCGUCCAGAUAGGGUUGAAGAAGAUCAAUGGCGUGCACUAGUACAUUAUUGGAGCUCAACUGAUGCAAAGAAAAAGAGUGAGAGGAACAAAGAAAGUCGGAUGAAGUUGACUAUGCCACACACAUCAGGAAGAAAGAGUUAUUCUCAAAUUAUAGAUAAUAUGACAAAGGAGAAGGGUGUAAAACCAACUCGUAUCGAUGUGUUCAAAAAAACACAUACAAAAAAGAACAAUGAACCAAUAAAUGAAAAAGCUAGUGAAGUUAUGAAAGAAAUGAAUGAUCUUGCUGAGGUAUACCCUGAGUUAAAUGUACCUGGAAGUGCUCCAAAUGAUGUGUACUCACAAGUAAUGGGGCCAGACACUCAUGGAAAUGUCCGAACUCUAGGAAAAGGAGCAGCUCCAAGUUUUGUUUAUGGCCCGUUAUACAAGCGAUCCCAAAAUGAGCAAAGAGAUUUUGAUAAAAGAGUUGAGAUAGAAGUUCAAAAAGUAACCUCUACUCUGAAAAUUGAGAUGGAGGAAAAGUUAUUUGAAGCGAAAGAAGAAAUUGAAGUGAUGGAUAAGAAGUUAUCGAAAGCAGAGGAAGAUAUGGAAAUGAUGAAGAAAAAAUUAUCUGAAGCAAAUAUGAGUAUGGAAGAAAAAAUAGAUGAUAAAGUAAAAGCAGGGAUACUAGCAUAUGUAGAUUCUUGGGUUUCUAAUAAAUCUAUUGAAGAUCGCCAACAAUCAUUAUCGCCCGUUUCAGUUGUUGACCCGAAAAAGCUUGAUAAAGUAUUGGUACCUGACUUAUGUGAAAUGCAAGCAAUUGAUUGCAACAUCAACAGUGUAUACACUUUAUGA